AUGCCGUACGAAGUACCACACCAACGCCUACGCCAAAGAGCAUGCCUUUCGGACAGGUUUCACUGUUUUCAAUCUUCUUCCACAAAUAAGCUGCUGCCCAGAGACCAGGGUACAUUGUCGGUGGCAUGCAAAUGCAGUGCUCAAGGAUUAGGGUCAGAAGCUGAUGAUCGCAGAGCUCUGAAAACAGUUCUCAAGCUUUACAAGGCAAUCAAGAAUAAGAACAUCAAUGAACUGUCUGAUAUAAUUGGAGAAGAAUGCCUAUGCAAUUGCAAUUUUGUCUCCACCUUCCAACCUUUUCAUGGUAAGGAGCAAGUAUUGGGAUUCUUCUCUUCUCUCAUGAAGAACUUGGGAAAUAACAUUGAAAUCGUGGUGCAGCCGACGUUCCAUGACGGAAUGAAUGUUGGUGUAUCUUGGAAACUAGAAUGGGGCAAGGAUCGCGUCCCUCUGGGCAAAGGUCUGAGCUUCUACACUUGUCACAUUUAUCAGGGAAAGGUGGUCAUAAAUAACGUAGAUAUGUUCUUGGAGCCAAUCCUUCAUAUUGAGCCCCUCAGACUGAAAACAAUUACAUCAUUGACGAGUGCCAUGGACGACAUCUGUUCCAGGGCUUCAUUUCAAGGAAAGGCAAAAGCAGCAAUGAAAAUUUUCUUCAUUUUAUUUCUCGUGGCCGCAUUACUGUACUAUCUCAGGCAUCGUUUCUAGGCAUGUGUGAAUCCAUGGAGUCGAGAAGUAUUGGUAGGGGUGACAG